UCAUUGAAAUCCAUUGUGGCAAGUAGAUACGAGAAAUGAAAUUUUAACUCAACUGAAAGGAAAAGUUAGGCUGUCCAUUUAGCAUUUUAGCCUCUCAGUCCACCCAUUUUCACACUUGGUGACACUGCUUGCUAAUCGGUAAGACUUUAUUUUCUUAUAUGUAUGGCUUGACAUGCAAAUGCAACAAAUUUAAAAGCUGCCCCUGUUGCACUUCACAGCUUAGACAUAAUGGUACCGGUUGAUUGUAGGAAGCUUGCGAGCAGCGAAAGCAAAAGGCUUGUUCUAUCAGUUGGUGCACGGUUCUAUUUUACCUGAUAGUAAGCGAACGUAUGGAGGUUAUACAAGGACUGACUGCUCCCGCUGAUUGUGGCGAUUUGAAUUUUUUAGCCCGGAAGUGUAGGUUGCAUGGAAUUUCUGGAACGCCAAAUUGCUUUCCCUGAGGCGACAGCAGUAAAAUGGAAUUGGGAACUAUGCGUGAAAACUCAAUGUUGGGGAGAAAAUGAUGGGGGAACUACGAACAGGCCGGCAGAAGAAGACCGCUAAUUCAGUAGCAGAAGAAUACGCAGUGGACAGUUGGAAAUAUUGUAUGUAAUUUCUGGUAGGCGUUCCAUUGGAAUUUCAAACAGUACGUACAUAUAACUAAACAUGUUGUUAUUGGGUUGGCUCUGUCUUAACAAUAUUUGCCCUCGCAGUCUAACGCGGCAGCAAAAAUGGUGAAUGAGCGCGAAACGCAAAUACUCUUUCCCAAUAUUCAUUGACGUAUAUUCGCGGUUGCUCCUGUGGUUUCUCUUUGUUCAACUUUAAGUGGCAAAUACUCUCAAGCAUACGCAUUCAUAGAACAUGUUGAAGACUGAGAAAUAGUAGGAGUAUUUAUUUGUUUUGCUUUUCUGCCAAAAGCCGACUAACCAAAUAAAAAUCGUAUUCUUUCAUUCACUCCUUAGAGUUGCUCUAAUAUUGUGUUGCUACAUUCGCUAUAAGAGUGCCAUGUUGAAAUGCUUUGUCGCUGUUGUUGCUGCAGACAUUAGCUUGCUUGUUGUUGUGUUUCGCUUCCUGUACACUUCUUUGCUUUCCUGCUGAUAAAACCCAUCUACACCUAUAUUUUUACUCUUCUACCUUUACUCAGCCAACCUUCGGAGAUUUUAUUGCGUGCUCUUUCGCACAUAUGUUAAGAGCAGCAAUACACAAUACCACAACUGGUCGCCUUCACUUCUUCGCGAUUCCGCUUUUGCUUCGUGUGUGCACACUCACUCGUCCAUUGUGACUGCGUUUCGUGCGCUUCGUUUAUGUGCUGACUCGUUAACCGGAGUGCCAGCCACUGCUUACUACGCUGGUGGUUUGCUGACUGGCGUCGCAUUUAUCGAUGGCUGUGCCUGUGACUGAGCGAGCGCUGCCUGUUUGCGCCGUCGUUGUAUCGUUGUGUGGAGGUUGCUUGACGCCAUUCGUAGUAACCUUUUAUUCGUAACGUUGUGUGCACUGUGCUGCCUGAGUGGAGUGCUUGUGUGUGUUUGUUUGGCGCUGCCGCACGCUGCUCUCCGGUACCUUCGGUCGCCGAUGAAUGACGUUAGUUCACUUCGAUAGCUCUAUGAGUUUACACGUAAAAAUCUUUAGUCUUCGCGUGUUUGAAGCGUACAAAUUAGAAUAAGCAAAGUAAAAACAGCUUUCUUCCGGACCGUAGUCAGUUAGACGUCUAACUAAGCAAGUUAGUUGAUGUUAAAAACGAGCAACGGUUUUUUUAUGUUACAUUAAUAAGCGGAACACGUCAAGGCUUACGAAAACAUAAUUUUAUUAAAGUAUCUUGGUGUCGCGAUCACGAUAGCUAACGGUAUUUUUGUGCGGAGUGCGGUUACAAAAACUCUGUAGAAGUGCAAAAUAAUAUAGCCGGUGUCUAUUUCCGUGAGCAAUAAUUUGCGCAACAAAGAAAAAAAUAAAUAAUCAAAAAAUAGUGACAAAUUAUUAGAAAAAAACCGCUUGAAAGAAGUUUAUCACCGUCAUACGUGUAUGUAGAAUGUGUGGGCGAGUUAAUGACUGGAAGGCAGUUCAAAAGUGAAUAGUGAUUACAGAGUUUUUAACAAAUUUUGAAGUCCAUAAUACAAACUAAAGUAUCAAAACCAAUAGGAUAAAAAGCAUAAAUUACUUGCAUAACCCCAAGUGUCAAUUUUUGAUACCCGCUCGCUAGUCAACUAAUCGUUUCCAAAUUACUUAAAACUAAGCAACUCAAACUUGUAGUAGCCGACGGCUAAUUGAAUAUUGAGCAUUGUACAACUUGUUGCGUAGCAACUGCAAAUACUCGAUCAUCAGAGAGUGGCAAGUGUGUAUAUAUUAAAAUAUAUAUACCGUUAAAUAAAUUGAUAUUCUAUUCUACUGUGCGUUGAGCAGCCAUUGUGAGCUGCUCCCAAUAAGUCGUCGUCAUCGAAUUCUCGCCUCUGUACGUUGAACACAAAGACUUCAAGACGGUUGCCUCACGGUUCGAGUGGAAUGAGCAUAGGGACACUGGUCUUCCUUUUGAUAGAUCGGUUUUCAAGGUCGUUAAACUGAGCCCCAACUUGGAGCCCUACCCCGCCAGCGUGGAGGGCUUGAACAGCCCUAGAGCGGUGGGGAUGGCCGCCACCUCAUAUAUGACACCUUCCAGCGGUGAUCUAGACAUGGCGUUGGGUGGCGGUGGUUAUCAUACCUCAUCGCCACGAUCUGCCGCAGAUGCUGGAGAAAUGAAAUAUAUGCAACAUCACCAUCAUCAUGCCGCUGCUGCUGCUGCCCACCAUCAGCUACCUUCAUCUCCCAGUCCGAAUGCUGUAGUUGGUGGAGCGGGCGGUGGGGGUACAGGUGGUGGAGGAGGCUUGGGUGUCUCGGCGACUGGACUUAGUUCAAUUACACCCACCGGCGGCUUGGGCUCAAAUCCUUGGACUGCGUUACAUCCCUCAGAUCCAUGGGCAUCAAUGACACAUCAUACACACCAUCAUCCCGCAGAUGCCGUGAAGCAAGAGAUGUCACAUUUGUCGCAGCAGUCACGCGUUCAACAAGGUAUGGCAUCUCCUCAUACAUGGCACGCACCAGUUCAUACUGCCCAUUACGCUCCAACGGGAGGCUCGCCAUUGCAAUAUCAUCACGCUAUGAACGGAAUGCUCCAUCAUCCUGCUCAUCCAGCGCAUCAUCAAGGUGUUGCGCCACUGCAUCACGCAUUACGGGGCGAGUCACCGCAACUUCAUAUACAUCCUCACCAUUUGCAAGGCGAUCGUGAUGUAUCGGGCGGCGAAGAAGAUACGCCCACCUCAGAUGACUUGGAAGCGUUUGCAAAACAGUUUAAACAACGUCGCAUAAAACUCGGUUUUACACAAGCGGAUGUGGGACUUGCGCUUGGAACUCUAUAUGGCAACGUUUUUUCACAAACAACAAUCUGCCGAUUUGAGGCUCUACAGUUAAGUUUCAAAAAUAUGUGCAAAUUAAAGCCGCUACUACAAAAAUGGCUAGAAGAGGCUGAUUCCACCACUGGCUCACCAACGAGCAUAGAUAAGAUUGCAGCGCAAGGUCGCAAGCGAAAGAAACGAACAAGCAUAGAAGUAAGCGUAAAAGGUGCACUAGAGCAGCAUUUUCAUAAACAACCGAAGCCAUCGGCCCAAGAGAUCACUUCGCUAGCAGACUCACUGCAAUUAGAGAAAGAGGUUGUGCGGGUUUGGUUUUGCAAUCGUCGGCAAAAGGAGAAGCGCAUGACGCCGCCAAAUACAAUGGGAGGUGAUAUGAUGGAUGGAAUGCCGCCAGGUCAUAUGCACCCCCAUGGUGGAUACCAUUCACACCACGAUAUGCACGGAAGCCCAAUGGGUACUCAUAGCCAUAGUCAUAGCCCGCCAAUGCUUAGCCCACAAAACAUGCAGUCUGCGACGGGGCAUCAGUUGGCGGCUCACUAGCAAUCAGAAAUCCAGGAGUCGAACUCAGCUGCAGCUGUGUCCACUCCUGCAUCGCUGCAUCAGCAGCAACAACAACAACAUCAGCAGCAACAGCACCAGCCACAUAAUCAACACGCGCCCAAUACGCCGUCCUCGUCGGGUGGCUCCUCAGCGACGAUGACCACCAAUGUGCUGUCGCCGCAAUCGCCCAUCGGUGCGGGCUUAGCUGCCAAUAAUAACAAUAAUAAUAACAAUAACAACAAUAAUAAUAAUAAUGAGAGCGAUCACUUGACACAAGUGAAGCAACAGCAGCAACAACAAGCGUCAUCAAUAGCGGCCGCUGCAGCCGCCGCUAUGUACAUCGAUCCGAUGCGCUACCAACACCACCAUCCGCACCAACAUCCACACCUCAACCCCGCGCACCAUCCACACCUCUUCCACACCAGCGAUCAACAACAUCCAGCGCUACAGCAUCCAGCCGCCCAUCAUCAACAUCUGCAACAACCACAAACGUCGCCAGGAGCAGGCAGUAGUAGCGGUGCCCUCCAAGCGCCAUCCUCAUCACCCUCCUCGGCGUCGUCGGUAUUGGGCAGUGCGGCUGGUAUGCAUCAUCUUAACUUAAAUCCACAUUCCCUACAUCAACAUCACCACCAUCACCAGCAGCAGCACCACCAUCAGCAACAACAACAACAAUUGCAUGCCCGUCGUCUUUUCGAAUGGAGUUUGCAAUUCGGCGCCGCAGCACCAGGCGUGAGACACUUCAAUUCCUUCGGCGGUGGCGGUGAAUAGCAUUCGUCCGCCGCAGCGGCAGCGUCAGCCGCCUGGUUUGGAUAUGAAUCGUCUUAAACAUAUUGGCGAAUGCGAAUGCGAAUGUGACGAGAAUCCAACGAACAGGCGGUGCGUUAUUUAGCUGCGGCGUGUAGUGAAAUCGGAUAACUGAAAGUGCAGUGAGAGGGAAACGGAAGUUAUAUUUAUUUACUGAAACAAAUUUAUUUGUAUAUACACCAUAUACAAUAUAUACUCGUACGAGUACAUAAAGUUGUAAGGCGCAGGGAUCGAAGGACCAACGAUCGAGUUAUAGAAUCAACGGCAACGCUUUUACCCAAUAACCACCCACAGACCCGUGGGCUACUGUUGAGAAGCUUGCCAAGUAUGCGGACGGUUGUAAGCCAUUUGCCAGAGCUAUACCAGUGCAUUAAUCUGUGUUAACUUGAAGUUAGUUAAGUAAAUUACCUACGUAAAUAUGAAAUUAAGAUCAUUACAAAAUCAAACAAGUAAAAAAGCAAAAGCAAAAGUACUGUUAGUAGGAACAAUUUUUCACUACGGAUAUAUAAAGGUUAUAUUCAAUGGUCCUCUUAGGCUCCCGAUAUAUACAACAACCACAAAGUCGUAAAUAUAAAUUAUAAGAAUUAUUAGAAGUUGAAAGUUUCUAAAACUUGCACAUUAAUGCAAUUAAAAUCAAACCAGAAACAAAGUGAUGUUUUUAAGAAAAACUAAUUAAAAAAUAAGAGUUUUGCGUUUAUCAUGAAAAAGUGUGAAACCACAAAAAUAUUAAGCAUCCAAAUUAAAUGCAAUUCAAGAAUUCCGUAGUAUGUAGUUUUGUAAAUGUAAAUGUAAAAUGUAAAAUGUAAAUUUCUUGAAAAUGAGGAAAAUGAGGAAAAUGAGUGCAACCGUGAGAAUUCGAAUAAAAUAGUAAUAUAAACAAUAUAGAAUAAACAGUAAACUAUAAAUAAUUUAUAAUAAUAUAAUAUGCAUCGCAAGUUAAUUGUAAACAGAAAACCAAUUAAAAUGACCAAACAGCUUUGUUUAAUUUCACCAAUUCCAUUGGAAUGACGCCAAAUGCUCCAAAACAGCCCCUCAAAUCAGUGGUCGAUUGGUCGAUACAAUCAUGCAAGUAAAAGUCUAAAUAGAUUAAUGUGCCGUCAGAGUAGUUCAUCGCUAAAGUGUCGAAAAGUGCACAGCCACCACAAUUCUUGACCCGCACCGCGCUAGCUUUGUGACCCACCGUACCCUUUAGCGCCACUCGCAAGAGGCGCAAGCUUGGGGCGAAGGUAAACCUUUCAGAUUUUCUAUGCUUGGUUUUUUUUUUUUCAAAAUUUGUAGGUGGCACACUUUUCGACACUCUUCGCAUACAGUUAUACAAAUAAUAAUAAUUAUAAUAAAUAAACAAAAUUAAAUUAAAGAUAUUUGUAAAAGAAUUGUAGACCAAAAGUAAGAGUGAAAUGAAAGUCGCCUUCGCUUAUUACUAAUGAUGAAUCAAAAUUCUACAUUUACUUAUACAUACGUAUAUACACGUACAUACAUAGAUACAUAUGCAUGCGAAUAAUUGGAUAUACUGUAAUUAUUAAUACAUAUAUGUACAUACAGAUGUAAUCGACUAAGGAUAUAAUUUUGUUUGCAAGCCAGUGUUUA